AUGAAAGAGGGCGGGCUUACUCCACGCGAGCAGGCGGUGUGUCGACUCAUUGUGAACAAAGUCCGUGUAGGUGUCGUCCGUCAAUCGAGUCACGUGAGCCGAACUCGUCUCGACCACGGGGACCAGGGCCUCAUCGUUCUCGACCAUCCUGUUAAGGAAGAGGCCCAUCCUCUGCCGCAACUUGAUCUUCUCAUCGCCACCAACGUUGCCAUCGCCUCUGCAGCCGAUCCAUUGCUGCAGCCAAAGGAAGAAAACCAGGUACACGACGGGCCAGACACUUCUGAGGGCCGACAUCAUUUCACUGGAUUGCCUGAUGCACAGCUUGUGCUACCUGAGGGUAACUUUGGCGAAACAAUUUCACAAAAAACUUAG